CGGGUCUCCUAGGAAACAGAUUUGUUCGAAGACCUCCAGAAGCGCUGUCCGGAGCUCAGUCAGUGGCUGGCCAGAAGGGAGUGGAGUACGUGGAGUACGUGGAGUUGGGGUUCCAGAAGGCUGGGCUGCGGGUCCCGAUAUCACUAAUCUAGCCCAAUGUUUGUCCAGCCAGGUGGGAGUGUGAGUUUCCCGAACUUAUCGGCCCGACAAUCAAUAAUGGACGGCCUUAUCGGACUCGCACCUUUGCCAGGGUGCUACGACUGUUGCUACAGUGGAGUUCGCUGCGAGUUCUCCUCGGUCGGAUUUUGUUAGCGACCUUAGAUUGCAAUUUUUCCCGACUUGUGUAUGACUCAAGAGGGGGUUUUAGAGCAAUACGGGGCCUGAGCUUCCGACUCACUUUUCGCGGCGCAAGGGUUGUAUGGAUGUGACGGUGGCCAGCCCGCUACUGUGGAGUAUAGGCAGAUUUCACUGUACCUCCGGAGUACCUGCCUUGUUAUCUGACCAGGUCGGGCACACGUCCAUGGCUGUUCGAUCGGGUCGGUUGAUUUGCGGGUCGCGCGGCGCCCUGCUGCUGUUCGUCGUGGUCCUGGUCGGCACCUUGGUGAUCCUGCGCACGAUCGUGCGGUCGCCGCUCCUCAACCAGUACGAAAUCCUGAGCAGCCACCUCGAGCGCCAGCAGAGCCUGAGGAGCCCGAGGAGCCGGUCCACGCGCACCAUUCUCCUGUGGACCGAUUUCUUCGGGGACCCGCGGUGGAAGCUGUCUUGGGACACUCUGGGGCCGCAGGAGCUGCGGGAGGAGCUUCGGUGCCCGGUCUACCAGUGCGAAAUCAGCAACCAACACGAGUUCUUGCCCGCCGUGGAGCUCUACGACGCCAUUGUCUUCCAUGCGGCGGAGAUGUUUCCGCUCCUGCGACCGGUGCCUUCGCAGAGGAGUCCCCACCAGGCGUACGUUUUUGCCCUGAUGGAACCGCCCGCAGAGACCAAGCACCGCCUGGACGACGAGCGGGGGUUCUACAACCUCACGAUGACCUAUCGCCUCGACUCGGAUGUCGUCUGGCCCUACGGGCAGCUCGUUGAUGCCGAAACGGACGCCGUGGUGGCGCCCAGCGUGAGUCCGCAUUGGAGGCAAGCCCCGGCGCACUUCAACGACUCCGUGGUCUGGGAUCUCUGGUCCGGAAAAACGAAAAUGGCCGCUUGGUUCGUGUCCCACUGCGAAACGCUGUCCAGAAGAGAGAUCUUGGCCAAUAGGCUGCAGGAAUUCUUCGACGUGGAUAUCUACGGGAAGUGCGGAACCCUCAGGUGCGCCCGAGGGGACCCGCGCUGCGACAGCAUGCUGGACACGGACUACUUGUUCUACCUGGCGUUUGAGAACUCGUUGUGCGACGACUACGUGACGGAGAAGCUCUUCGACGCCCUGCGCCGGAAGGUAAUACCCGUGGUGUUCGGAGGAGCGGACUACUCCCGGAUUCUUCCGCCGCACUCGUACAUCGACGCGAGCCGCUUCGAGACCGUGGAGGCGCUGGCUCAGCACCUAAGCUUCGUGGGCGGGGACCCAGAGGAGUACGUCAGCUACUUCUGGUGGCGCAGUCACUACCGCCUGGCUCCCCCAUCCCCGUUCUGCCAGCUGUGCGCCCUGCUCCACGGCCCCGGCUUUGGCCACAGGACGCAGUUCUACGGCGACAUCCAGUCCUGGUGGUUCGACAGCUGCCGCCUGGAGAGCCGCAUCCGCCUCUAGGCUGUGCGUGGAACAGAGCAGGACGGCUGCGGCGUGGUGCACGGAAGAGAGUGGGACGCUAUGGGCUGACCUUCCCACCCCUAGUGCUCCGGGCCCAAAGCAACACUAGUAAUUUGCCAGCCGUUCCAAAACGCGUGCUAAGUGCACUCCCUGGGCGAUAAGAUACACAAGCUUUCGAUCGGAUAGUGGCGCGAGCCCAAGAGCGGCCCAUGACGGGCUGUGACUCACCCAACACCUGCCCACCAAUUCACCUGCGACCGCCAUCGGUUGCCAGUGGAGGGUAGAUAGCAGUGUGUCACAAGAACAUGUGCUUUCACUGGCGUUCGCCCAUGGAGAAAGGAACGCUCGCCGUGCCUGCUUCUUGGUAGCACAUCAACAUGAACUUGCUCUUAACUCCCAGGUCGGAACUCUGGCGUCUCUUAUCUAUUUAUUCAUUUUAAGUCUUCAUAUUAGUUCAAUAAAAAUUUCUUUCCUAACGUCCAAACUACAA